AUGUCUGAUCACAACCAACCCAGUCCCCAUAUUGACGCAUCCAGAGAUCCUCAUCAGAUCGAACAACAUACCUCCCUACCAAAUCCCAGUGCAGGCAUGUUCAAUGACUCUGCAAACACUCAGGCUCAUCACAGCGCUUUCAACGAAAUAUCCGGAAGUCAGAACUGCGUUGUAAACAACAUCAUGAACAGUCCUCAUGGCAACCACGCCGAGCUUACACCAGUUGCUACAACCAGUCAGCGCUUCGUACCAGAGUCGCAGUGGGAGAAAGGCCCGAUGCUUGCAAGGCACUCGGAAGAGUGUCCUAAAAAUAAUCAAAAAUUGACCAUAGCAGAAUGGUGUGUUGACAAGAAGAGACUUGGCGCCAGUUUCUUCUUUUUCAGAGGAACAGGAAAUCGAGACAAAAUAUCACGCCUAAUUCCUACACUCGCCUUUCAGCUCUCAACUGAAGUCGAAGGCAUGGAACCGUUAAUAAAAGGCACCCUCGAUAAGGAACCUUCUAUACUGAAUGAUUCACUCAGCUAUCAGUUUGGCAAAUUGAUCAUGGGACCCAUGAUUGCAUGCUCAAAGAAAAAAUGGGAUAUCCUCAAGCGGAAACGCAUGGUAAUAGUUAUCGACGCUUUGGACGAAUGUGUACGUCAAGACGGAGCAUCGAUGGAGGAGUUCAUUGACGUUGUAGUUAAUGCCUGUGAGGCCAGGAAAAGUCAGGUCCCUUUUCGUCUUUUUAUCACAAGCAGGGUUGAAGAACAUCUCCGUAAAAAACUUGAAAGCCCGGCUGCCAAAGAUGUUACGCUCCAAUUGAAAUUACAGAAUUUCGAUGCUGCAGAGGAUAUUCGCACGUUUUUUCAGUUCGAAUUCAAAAGGAUAUAUGAUGCGAAUCGCUUACUUAUGGUUGCGGAUAAAGUGCUAGAGCCUUGGCCCUCUCCAGAAAUCCUUGACACACUCGUCGAAGAAGCUGCGGGAUCCUACAUCUACUCGUCCACAUUCGUCGAUUUUGUUAGUGGAAAGGGGGGUAUGCCGCAUCAGAAACUUCUGGACGCCCUGAAAGCACAUGGCCUAGACAAACUGUAUUCCCAGGUGUUCUCGAAUGCUUCGUAUCCGGGUGGGGCACCUGUUUCUGUAGCUGAUCUUGUACGGAUCAUGGGCACUUUCCUCCUUAUCCGACGUCUACUACCUAUCAAGGAUCUUGCUACCUUGUUAAAUAUCCCCCCACGAAACCUUGUGGAGUCUUUCCUUAGCAUUCAGUCCAUCCUUCUCAUCCCCGAAUCUGACGAUGAUCCGGUACAACUGGUCCACACAUCUUUACGGGACUUUUUGAUGACCCCAGCACGUUCGGGCAGCUAUUUCAUCAAUCCUCCUAUUUGUCAUCUUUCCAUUGCAAUUAAUUGCCUAGAUAUCAUGACGAAAAAUAAGACGGAGUUCUGGUUUGUAGAUGAACCGUUGCAGUACGCUUCCACUUGGUGGCUGGAUCAUCUUCGCAAAGCAUUGUCUGAAGGGGAUCAGUGUCUUUUGGAUUUACCUUUAUUUGUCUCACUUGAAGAUAUUCUAACGAACUGGGCUAGUAGUUCUCUUAAUCCUUGGCUGCAUUCUAUGAUUUUCCUUACGGUCUAUGACGCGGCACAGCGUAUACAAUCACAUUUUUCGCCACUGGCACAAGAACUCUCGCAAUAUCCCCAAGGUUUGCAGUUGACGCUAACUCGCUUAAAUGAUAUGCUAGACCAUACAAUUGUGCGGAUCAUCUCCUAUUUUACAUGGUCCAUAAUGAUGAAGCGUCUUGAACCUUUGCCCUAUUGGCGAUGA